AUAUCUCGAAACACCUACGAAGUGUAUUUGCCUUGGCCGUCAAUGCUAACCGUGAACUUAACGUUAGCUAGCUUAAUAAUACUUUUAUUGCGGAAACACUGGAAAAGCUCACUAAUGUUGGAAAACUGAUUCAUUUCAAUGUCUUAGUGUUCUGCAUUUUAGGUAAACUAUUUUAAAAUAAGUGUAACGAAUCGAGCUAGCACCGAGUAUGUUAGCUCGAAAUUUAGAUUAAAUUAGUUCACCGUUUAACGCUGGGAAACAUGUAACGGUGCUCACCCUCUAAUCUGAUUUCUGUCUUCCUUCUUGUUAGCUGAUAUUUUGUAAUGACUUGUAUUCUUUUGUAUAUUGUAAUUUAAAAAAUGUUUUACAUACUGCGUCUAUUAACAACCUAGCGGUGAAAAAGAGAAAUGCAUGCACAAGCGUGACGUAAGCGACGUAAGUCGUGUGCGGAUGCUACCACAAGGGGGCGCUAGUGCAUUAUUAUUGUUGUUCGCGCUAUCGCUGCAUUGUAUGUGCGAUACAGUGUGAUAUACAGUAUUUCUGUAUUUCUGUUGUAUGUCAUGUAUGGUUGUCUCUGUGGCGCAAUCGGUUAGCGCGUUCGGCUGUUAACCGAAAGGUUGGUGGUUCGAGCCCACCCAGGGACGACAUGUUUUUCAUUUUAUUUUAUGCUUUUAAUUACGAAUAUUUGAUGUAUUGCAUUUUGGUGGAAUUUGAGAAUAGUCUUAUCAGCGUAUGCUGUAAAAACACAUCAGAUCGUCAACAACAAUAAAUCUACAGCAUGUCAGCACCUGCGAUCUACACCCUGCUCCAUCUGUGCAGAUGUGUUGGUGGACCAGAUAAAAAAAACUGGAUGAGCUUGUUUCCCUUCUUAAGCAUAGGACUGGGCACAUUAAGUUCCUGUUUUGCCUAAUGGUGAAUGGUGUCGACUGAGCAAAGAUGCAGAUUUUUGUGAAAACACUGACGGGUAAAACCAUUACCCUCGAGGUGGAGCCCAGUGACACUAUCGACAACGUGAAAGCUAAAAUCCAGGACAAGGAAGGUAUCCCCCCUGACCAGCAGCGUCUCAUCUUCGCUGGGAAACAGCUGGAGGAUGGGCGCACCUUGUCGGACUACAACAUCCAGAAGGAGUCCACCCUCCACCUUGUCCUGCGUCUGAGAGGGGGCAUCAUCGAGCCCUCUAUGAGACAGCUGGCUCAAAAGUACAACUGUGAGAAGAUGAUCUGCCGCAAGUGCUACGCUCGUUUACAUGCACGUGCUACCAACUGCCGCAAGAGGAAGUGUGGACACACCGAUCACCUCAGACCCAAGAAGAAGCUGAAGUAGACAGCUGGCAUCAAUUCAUCAGUUAAUUCAUGUUGUCAAUAAAACAUUUUGACAUUUUGAUUGGAAGCUUUUUGUUUUUUUACUUUCUCCACCCACAUUUAACCUCCUGGUCACAUAUCUGCUUCUCUGACCCUGACAGUGGAAAUUCACUUUUCCAUGACAAUACUUCGGUGACAAAAAAAUCUAAACAAACAAUAAUUUGUCUUUUAAAUUGAGGCUCGGUUAAUGAAUCACUGACGGUAAAGGUUAAAGGGAUUGUUUGUAUUUAUUGAAGUUGGGUUAUAUGAGGUAUUUAUCCAUACUCAAUGUAUUAUCUAUCUAUAAAAGCAAGAAGUGUGUGUGUCUAGGGCAUAUCUCGCUGACCAUUAGUCAGACUAACCUAAGAUUUUGUAUGUGGCUUGUGCAUGGCAUGAAG